AUGGGUACCAUAGCCGCUGCAUCCGCGAAUGGAGACAAAGCAUCAUUGCAUCAAUCACUCGUCCAAUUAGCCAGCUUCAGCGAAUACGUCCAACGAUCCAGUCAGACAAUACCUACGUCGUCAUUUUUACGCACUUCCACCAGUCUCGCCGCGCUCGCGCUCACUGCCUUCUUUUUCCAUCCACUCUCGGCGAAAUCAAGACCAUUUGCCGCGAUGACGGCAACGCUAGUUGUUGAUAAAUUUACACACCAGAAUAUACGCAUCUCCAUGCACACUAUAUCAGUUCCGCAGCCCCUUGUUCUGAAAUCACUCUCCUUCGCCGACUUCGGCGAAUACAUUAUUCUAUACCUUCCCCCCUUCAUCGACUCUCAAGCGCUGUUUCCCGAAGUUAGAAGACGCCCUGGAAUAAGAUGCACAAACACGCCGCCGAAUUUAACGCAAGAAGGCACCCUCCUCUGA